AUGGCAGAAUUGCUUGAGCGCAUUAUUGCACAUGCCCAGGAAUCUGGAGACCUCGGAGGCAGAAUGCACCAGCCUCCUAGACCAGGUGACAUAACAGAGUUAUGUACAGCAAUGGGUGACAUGCGCAUAUGUCCUUAUCUUAUUGAUGGUUCUGAAGUGAGAUCAUUUCCUGAAUUUAAACCUUCCUUCACCAGGCGAUACGUAGCUGGAAUGUUUGAUUAUUCUGGUGGUUGUUUGGUUUUACCACAAACUAGGGUAAAGCUCUACAUUCCUCCAGGAGCCAUUCGGAAAGGAAAUAUUCAACCCAUUUUUCUUUUGGUCACUGAUGAAAAGGAAUAUCAGCCUCCUUUACAGCCAAAUGAAAUUGCCGUCACCCCAACUAUAUUCUGUGGCCCUCAUGGUCUUCAAUUUGAUAAACAUGUGUAUUUAAUGAUGCCAUGUCAAGAGAAAAUUGUAGAUGAAGUUGAAGUAAGCGUCCUUUUUACACCCACUGAGAUUGACAAGAAACCGCUCUGGGAUAAAGACCAAGAUGCGUUAAGAAUCAUUGACCAAGACACAAUUACAUUGAUCAUUGACCACUUUUCUGGUUCAGUAAUUAAAUCACUUAUUUCGUGGUUUGAGGAGAAAUUGGGGAUAAAAAAGUACAUUCAAUUGUACCCAUUUCUUCAGACAUGUGAAAGUGAUAUGAAAUUACGAAUAUAUGGCACUAUAGGAGAUAUGGGCUGGAUAUGUGAAGAAGGAGAAAAGAAGAAAUAUGGAGGAAAAUUGUUGGCACCCCGAAAACCAUUAAAAAUAAAUGACCCUGCAACUCCUGUGAACGUGAAAUGUAAAACUUUUCAAGGUUGGGUAAUUUUAAAUGACAGGUCAACAGAGAAGGUAAAAGAAUUGGAUUGUGAAACUAUCGAGCACAAUACAAAUGAUUAUGUUGAGUUUGUGUGUGAAACAUCUCAACCCAUUGCAAACAGAAAUUUCAAAUGUGAUGUUACUGUACAAGAGGAAGGAAAUAAACCCAUUGAAUUCAAUUUCUCAAAAGCAGAACAAUUCGCCAAGGAGGAAUCUUUGACAAAAUCUCGUGAAUUUGACUGCGAAGCUGAUAUUUGUAAUGUACUUGACACAGGGGAUAGAUGGAAGCAACUUUGUGUAAAAAUAGAGGGAUGUACAGGAAGUCCUACCAAACACAUAUUGAACACAUGGAAACUUAUGGAGAAUGCUUACGACAAAUGGAAGAGUCUACUUGCUUUGCAUAAAAAAAUAGAUAAAGAAUUAGCAGAGAAGUUUGAACGUGAACUACGAG